AUGGACAGCAAAGGACGAUUCCGAUCAUGGGGAUUCUGUUGGCUUGGUUUUUAUUUGUCUAUACUGCUGUUUUUCGGAGAGCAGGCUUUGGCUGAAAUACGGUACUCUGUUCCAGAGGAGAUGAAAGAAGGAACUGUUGUUGGAAAUGUUGCCAAGGAUCAUGGUUUGGACAAAAUCCGCUUGAUUGACCGACGAUUCCGAGUGGUUUCUGGAUCCGCGGACGCGUUUUUCGAGGUAAAUCAGGACAAUGGCGCCUUACAGGUCCGUAAGAAAAUCGACAGAGAGGAGCUUUGUCAAGGAAGUGGUGCAUGCUUAAUGGAGCUAAAAAUCCUCGCCGAAAACCCUCUGGAGAUACACUAUGUAGUUGUAGAAAUUACUGAUAUAAAUGACCACUCUCCUAGUUUUUCGGAAGAAGAACAGACAUUUGAAAUAGCUGAACAUUCAUCUCCGGGAACACGAUUUCAACUGCACGCGGCCCGUGAUCCUGAUGCUGGGAUAAAUUCCAUCCGCACUUAUACACUAACACCAAACGAUAAUUUUGAAAUAGAUAUUAGUCAAAGUGAUGAAGAUAAAAUACCAUUUUUAGUGCUGAAGAAGUCCUUAGACAGAGAGCAAACCAAUAAACACUUAUUAUUUGUUACAGCAGUUGAUGGAGGUAAACCUCAAAGAUCAGGGACACUAAAUGUUUCCAUUACUGUUCUUGACAGCAAUGACAACCGUCCAAUGUUUAGUCAGGAUACUUACCAAAUUGAAGUAUAUGAAGACCUUCAACUUGGUACUGCUGUAACAAGAGUGACAGCAAUAGAUGCAGAUGAAGGAAAUAACGGAGAAAUAGAGUACAGCCUUAGCAAAUCAUUAGCACGAAAAGUAUACGACAUAUUUGAAUUGGAUAGUUUAAACGGACAAAUUAAACUGAAAGGACGGUUGGAUUUCGAAGAAUCAGAGAUUUAUAAACUCGAAAUUGAGGCAUCGGAUAAAGGAACACCUCCAUUAACAAGCAGGUGUAGAGUCAUUAUAAAGAUAAAAGAUGUCAAUGAUAAUCCACCAGAAAUUGAAAUCACGUCACUAUCAAAUACAGUGUCUGAAGAUUCAAAGCCUGGCACUGUUGUUUCUCUUAUUAGUGUCACAGAUAAAGACUCGGGUGUGAAUGGAAAAAUUAUUUCCCACAUAACCAAUGACGUACCUUUUGAAUUAAAGCCCUCUUACAAGGAAAACACGUAUUCAGUUGUCACUAAGAAAUUUUUGGAUCGAGAGUUUAUGUCACAUUAUGAAAUAACAAUAAAAGUCACCGAUUGUGGCGACCCUCCCUUAUCUACUGUUAAAACCUUUGCCAUUCAGAUUUCGGAUGUAAAUGACAACAGUCCACAAUUUGGCCAAAAUAAAUUACAGUUUUACCUGGUAGAAAAUAAUUUGGCUGGGGCAUCAAUAUUCUCUAUAUGUGCAACAGACAAUGAUGUAGAUGAAAAUGCAGCUAUUUCAUAUCGUCUUGUGAGAGAAGGGAGUACAAAUGAUGUAACAUCUUUUCUAAAUAUGAAUACAGAGAAUGGACGCAUUUCAGCACUAAAAAGUUUCGACUUUGAAACACUGAAAACGUUCCAGUUCUAUGUUGUCGCCACAGAUUCUGGAACUCCGUCACUAAGCAGCAACGUCACAGUGAACGUGUUCAUUCUGGAUCAGAACGACAACGCUCCAGUCAUCCUGUAUCCAGUCAGCUCCAACGGUUCUGCUGAAGGUGUGGAGGAGAUUCCCCGCAAUGUCAACGCAGGACACUUGGUGACUAAAGUCAGAGCCUAUGACGCUGAUAUAGGAUAUAACGGCUGGUUACUGUUUUCACUGCAGGAAGUUACUGACCACACUCUCUUUGGUUUGGACCGCUAUACAGGACAGAUCAGAACACUUCGCUCAUUCACAGAGACAGACGAGACUGAGCAUAAACUGGUCAUACUGGUGAAAGACAAUGGCAACGUUUCCCUCUCAGCAACAGCUACUGUGAUUGUCAAAGUUGUGGAACCUAAAGAAGCUUUUGCAGCUUCUGAUGUUAAAAGUGCAGCAAAGGAUGUGGAGGGGAAUGACGUGACUUUUUAUUUGAUGAUAACUUUAGGCUCAGUGUCUGUUCUUUUUCUAAUCAGUAUCAUUGUGCUGAUUGCAAUGCAGUGCUCAAAAACCACAGACUAUACUUCAAAAUACCUACAAGACCCAAAUUAUGAUGGGACACUGUGUCACAGCAUCCAGUACAGAUCAGGAGACAAACGCUACAUGUUAGUUGGACCCAGAAUGAGUAUAGGAUCUACUAUAGUCCCAGGCAGCCAUGCAAAUACUCUAGUGCUUCCUGACAGGAGGAGAACAUCUGAAGAGUGGAUAAUUAUGGACGCGUUUGGACUCGUACUUUUACUUCAAACCAUGGAACAAAGAGGAUGGGGGGAAAGGCGACAGCGGCCACAUUUGCUCGGCGUUCUGGUCUUGCUUUUGUUUUUCAGAGCAGCCUCGGCACAACUGAGAUACUCUAUAUCCGAAGAGCUCAAAGAGGAAAGUUUUGUUGGAAAUAUAGCAAAGGAUUUGGGAAUAGACCUGAAUAUAAUGAAGCAGAGGGGAUUCCGUAUAAUGUCCGGCUCGACUGAACCUCUUUUCAAGGUAAAUGACAAUGACGGGAUCCUAUAUUCGACCCAUAAAAUUGACCGAGAGGAAGUAUGUAAAGAGAGCAGUGUAUGUUUAAUUAACCUUAAGACUGUUCUUGAAAACCCACUGGAAGUACACUAUGUCACGGUAGAGAUAACAGAUUUGAACGACCAUGCUCCUGCAUUUCCAGAGAAAAUAAAAAGGCUCGAAAUCUCCGAAUCUGCGUUGCCGGGGGCAAAAUAUCAAUUACAAAAUGCCCACGAUCCUGACGGUGGCACAAACUCUGUUCAACAGUAUAAAAUCAGCCAGAAUGACCAUUUUCGUCUAGAAGUUAAAGAUCGAGGAAGAGACGGCAAAACUCCAAUUUUACAGUUACAGAGACAGCUAGACAGAGAGGCCAAACGUAGCCAUAAGUUGGUGUUGACGGCUUUUGAUGGGGGAAAUCCCCCAAAGACAGGUAUAGUUGAAAUAUAUAUAGAUGUUCUAGAUGUUAAUGACAAUAUGCCAGUUUUUGCCAAAGAUACAUAUGCAGCUGUGUUACAAGAGAACGCCCCAGUUGGCACAACAGUCAUUCAAGUUAACGCAACCGACUUGGACGAUGGUGCCGACGGGGAAGUCGUUUAUUCGUUUGGAAGUGAUGUAAAAAGUAAAAUUCGAGAACUGUUUGAUAUUGACUCUGUUACUGGGGAGAUAACUGUGAAUGGCCGUGUAGACUUUGAGGAACAAGACAGUUAUGAUAUUGAUGUACAGGCCUCUGAUAAGGGAAACAUUCCAUUCAAAACAGAUAAAAGUGUUAUUAUUAAAAUUGCAGAUAUAAAUGACAACGCGCCCGAGAUAGAGGUGGCAUCUUUGUCAAGUGCAGUGUCAGAGGACUCUAGACCUGGAACAACAGUAGCACUUAUCGGCAUUACUGAUUUGGACUCUGGCAUGAACGGCAAAAUAAUAAGCUAUGUCGCCGGAGACAGUCCUUUUACAUUAACUCCAUCAAUACAAGAUAACAUGUUUUCAGUUGUCACUAAGUCACAGCUUGACAGGGAGCAACAACCAAGAUAUGAUAUUACAAUAAUCGCCAAAGACGCAGGUGAACCAGCCUUAACAUCCGAGAAGACCAUAAGCGUUUUUGUAUCAGAUACAAAUGAUAACAGUCCGGAGUUUUCAGUGAGUCCCUAUACUUUCUAUAUCACCGAGAAUAAUCCCCCAGGAGCCUCAGCGUUUUCUGUAAGCGCGUCUGAUUGUGAUGAGGGAGAUAAUGCGCUAAUUUCGUAUCACAUCCUAAGGAACGUAGGUCAUGAAGAUAAAGUGACGUCGUUUCUGAACAUUAACUCUGAAAAUGGAGAUAUUUUGGCACUAAAAAGUUUCGACUUUGAAACUCUGAAAACGUUCCACUUCCAAGUUGUUGCCACAGAUUCUGGAACUCCGUCACUAAGCAGCAACGUCACAGUGAACGUGUUCAUUCUGGAUCAGAACGACAACGCUCCAGUCAUCCUGUAUCCAGUCAGCUCCAACGGUUCUGCUAAAGGUGUGGAGGAGAUUCCCCGCAAUGUCAACGCAGGACACUUGGUGACUAAAGUCAGAGCCUAUGACGCUGAUAUAGGAUAUAACGGCUGGUUACUGUUUUCACUGCAGGAAGUUACUGACCACACUCUCUUUGGUUUGGACCGCUAUACAGGACAGAUCAGAACACUUCGCUCAUUCACAGAGACAGACGAGGCUGAGCAUAAACUGGUCAUACUGGUGAAAGACAAUGGCAACGUUUCACUCUCAGCAACAGCUACUGUGAUUGUCAAAGUUGUGGAGCCCAAAGAAGCUUUUGCAGCUUCCGAUGUUAAAAGUGCAGCAAAAGAUGAGGAGGGAUAUGAUGUGACAUUUUAUUUGAUGAUAACUUUGGGCUCAGUGUCUGUACUUUUUAUCAUCAGCAUCAUCGUGCUGAUUGCAAUGCAAUGCUCCAAAACUACAGACUAUACUUCAAAAUAUCUACAAGAGACAAAUUAUGACGGAACACUGUGUCACAGCAUCCAGUACAGAUCAGGAGAAAAACGCUACAUGUUAGUUGGACCCAGGAUGAGUAUAGGAUCUACUAUAGUCCCAGGCAGCCACGCAAAUACUCUAGUGCUCCCUGACAGGAGACGGGCGUCUGAAGAGGUAAGAUCAGUAGUUUGUCUCUCUUUCGUUUAA